AGGCAGAUAUGGCAGACUCCAGCAGCCCUCACCCUGGUGAAGAUCCCCCAUUUCCAAGCUCUCCCUGGAAGCUGAGGCGUAAGGAUGAGCGAGAAGAGAAGAAAAAGCAGGUGUUACUGGUUUCGGACACCUCUCCUUUGCCCUCACCUCCACCAAGAAGCAAAAGCAGGAAGCAUACUCGGGCACUGCAGAAGUUAAGGGAGGUGAACAAACGCCUCCAAGAUCUCCGAUCCUGCCUGAGCCCCAAGCAGCACCAAGGCCAAGACUACCAGAGCCCAGAUGAUGAGGUGGUCCUGGUAGAGGGGCCCGUCCUCCCAGAGAACCCCCGGCUCUUCCCACUCAAAGUGCGCUGCCGGGCGGACGUGGUCCGACUGCCCAUCAGAGUGUCGGAGCCAUUUCAGAGUGUAGUGGACCACAUGGCCUCUCAUCUCGGGGUGGCCCCAAGCAGGAUCCUCUUGCUCUUUGGAGAGACAGAGUUGUCCCCUACCGCCACCCCCAGGACCCUAAAACUCGGAGUGGCUGACAUCAUCGACUGUGUGGUGUUAGCAAGCUCCUCAGAGGGUGCAGAGGCAUCCCAGCCCCUCCGACUCCGGGUGCAGGGGAAAGAGAAACACCAAAUGCUGGAGAUCUCGCUGUCUCAGGAUUCUCCUCUCAAGACGCUCAUGUCACACUAUGAGGAGGCCAUGGGGCUCUCUGGACACAAGCUCUCCUUCUUCUUUGAUGGGACAAAGCUUUCAGGCAAGGAGCUACCAGCUGAUCUGGGCAUGGAAUCCGGGGACCUCAUCGAGGUCUGGGCCUGAAGCCCCGUUCUGUGUUUGGAGGCCCAGCCAGGACUUAGAACUCUUCCUUUUUGGCCCUAUAAGACUAGCAGAAAGUGGGGCCAGGGAUAUAGCUCAGCGGCACAGCACAGCCUGGCUGUGUGAGGUCGUGAGUUUGAUCCCUGGUACCGAAAAGAAAACAAAAAACAAAAAAAGCCCUAGUGGAAGGUGAGGUGGAAUUUAUUUUUAAGCAGAAUCAAAAGCAAGGGGUGGCCUUGGGCCCCAUCUCCUGUUAACCCUGGCCCAAGCCAUUGACCGCUUGCUGGCACCUGAGUGGCCGUGGCACCAUGCAGGGGUCAUGCUGAGUUUUGCAGCCCUCCGGUGCCCUUGAACUUCCGUUACUGCCCUUUGCUUCACUGAGAUGCCUGUUCUAUGAAACCUCCCUCAUAUUUAAGGAGUAGAAGUAAACGGGGCUGGGUAAGGGUUUGCAGGUCUGGGAUUUACACCACCCUGAGGCCCAGUGGUGGCCUUACCCUCACUUGGAGGCUGGGUUGCUGGCGGCGGUGCGACGGCAGGCUCCUCAGCGUGCAGGAGAGUGAGCGAGCACGUGCGCGCACUGCAGUUUAAGCACAGGUAGGCAGGAUGUUCUUUGAAGGAUGGUGGGAUCUCAGCCCUGAGCGGCUUCUCAACCCCAGGACCCUGUAUCGUCACCCUUUCUGGUGCACGUAUUUCGGCUGUUUCAUUUUGGAUCUUGGGCAUAUAGUUCAUUGAAAAUUCCUGUGGUUUUGCCUUUUUCCCUCCCUUACAUCAUCCUCUCCCGUCCGCAUCCCGUCUAAUAUAUUUAUUACACAUUUGAA